UGGUCGAGUCGUCGGAGUCGUACAUCAGCUCGCAGGUCUGUGGAGUGGUGGGAAGCUGGUGCGGCACAUCGUCGGGGCCUAGUGGAGUCCAAACUAGAGCUUGCAUCUUUUGUUCGCCCCUAAUGGCCAGUCCAGCUGGAAUAAAAUUUCAACCGUCAAAAAGGACCAGAGCUGGCCCACGAGCAGGUGGUGUGCUCGGGUACUUGCGGGGCGUCACCUUCUGUCUACUGUGGUACUUCAGCAUCCUGGCUGGAUUUUAUCUGCUCUACUGCCCGUUACUGCCGCUGCUGGUGUUAUCCCCGCGCCACUACAGAGCUUUUACCGAAAUCAUUUUCGGAGCUUGGGAGACCUACCCGACGGCCCUCAUGGAAAUCAUGAUGGGAACCAAGAUCGUCGUUGUGGGCGACAAAGUGGACCCGGAGGACCGAGCUUUGAUCGUGAUGAAUCACAGGACUCGGUUGGACUGGAACUACCUGUGGGCAGCCAUGUUCCACGGAUGCCACCCGCCGUCGCAUCGACUCAAAUUCGUGCUCAAGAGUGCAGUCAGACAUUUUCCAGGACCGGGCUGGGUCAUGCAAAUGACUUGCUUCCUAUACAUCCACCGCUCGUGGGAAAUGGAUCAGAAACUGAUGAACAAAGUGCUGGACUAUUUCAAAGACAUCGGCCACACUUGCCAACUUCUGAUCUUCCCAGAAGGCACGGAUUUAACGAAACAAAGUAAAGCUAGCAGCGACAGGUAUGCGGCUAAACACAACCUGCCCGAAUACGAGCGAGUGCUGCACCCCAAGACCACAGGAUUCGCAUUCCUCAGCCAGCGACUGCGGGGAGAUGGCCAGCUGGAUGCUGUUUACGACCUAACGAUUGCUUACCCAAAAAGCGUGCCCCAGACUGAGAAGGACAUGCUUAAAGGGAUGUUCCCUGAGGAAGUCCAUUUUAAAAUUAAAAGACAUGCCAUUGAGUCGCUGCCUCUGGACGAAGUCGGCUACAGACAAUGGCUUUGCCAGCAGUGGAAGGACAAGGAGGAGAGCCUUCAAGAGUUCUACAAAACACAGAGCUUCCCUCAGGACUGCCCCCGAAUCCACGACAGACCUGUGGGCGCCAAAACGGUGAACGCGCUGCACCUGUCGUUCGUGGCAUGGACUGCACUCACCCUGUUCUCCAUCUAUGCGUUGUUCAGCUUCUGGUGGUUCCAGAUGUGGGUUCUGGCCACCACCAGCCUCUUCGUCAUGCUCUCUUUCGUCGGCGAUGGAUUCCAGCAUCUGGAAAUCGCUCUGCACUACGCUCGAAAGCAUCAUGAGAAGAAAUGUAACUGAUUAUGAUGUUCGACUUUUUAUAUAUAAAUUAAUUAUAUAUAGCGUUUGUUACUCUCACUAAAUUGAUUCUAGUCAUUCAAUGCUAAAUUUUUAGGUGUGUCAGCUAUAUUUUAACAUUGCUCAGAGGGCUUUCAAUACAUAUUUUUUUUCGUCAAAAGAUGUAAAUGAACACAUAACUUGAACAUUAUAAUUGCGUGUAGAGGAGCAAUAAUUAUGUUGUCAAAGUCAGGGAAACUUAUUUUUUCUGCAUCUGAAUGUAACGGUCAGUUUUACUGAUCCGAUUAUAGUCUUUCCCACUCUAGUACAAAGUUUUGAAGCGGAAAACGAGUGAGAAGCAGUGAGUAU